GACUGUUUUCAGGCUACAGGUCGUAACGACGCUGUUUUGAAGGCAGAAAUAAGCAUGGAAAUUUGCAGACCUCAUUCUUCUAAUCCGAAUAUUCGUUUGAUAUUGCGAAAGCCACAGUGUUCACAACAUGUACGAUGGGCUCCUGGAACUGUGGAUAACGAAAAUCUGGGUCGUAAGAAGUCAAAAUGUAACGUUCAGCCGGCAUGUCCUGAAAUCGUUAACAACGAUGAAGAUGAUGAGAAGUGUCGAUGA